AUCUGAUAGAAUUUUUCAGUGCAUCUACUGAGAUCAUGGCAACCGACAAAGCGACACCUCUGGGCUCCCUUGAGAACCCGAUUAAAUUUCGGGACCAGGACUUUGAAACUCUUCAGACGGAGUGUCUGAAAUCUAGGGUGCUGUUCUCUGACCCAGCCUUUCCAGCGGAGAAGAAUUCCAUCGGAAUGCCCGAAGACCCGGACCCCAAAAAGGCGAUUCAGUGGAAGAGACCGAAGGAAAUCAGUCGCAACGCUGUGUUUGUUGAGGACACAACUGCGACCACUGAUAUCUGUCAGGGCCAGCUCGGUGACUGCUGGCUGCUGGCAGCCCUGUCCUGUCUGACUGCGCACCCCUCACUCUUUGAGAAGGUGGUGCCACCAAACCAAAGUCUGGGCGACCCUUAUGCAGGGAUCUUCCACUUUAGGUUCUGGCAGUAUGGUGAGUGGGUGGAGGUGGUUGUGGAUGACAGGCUGCCAAUACGCGAAGGCCGUCUGCUCUUCAGCUACUCUCGCACCCGCAAUGAGUUUUGGAGCGCCCUGGUGGAAAAGGCCUAUGCCAAGUUAAUCGGAUCCUAUGGGAGCCUGAAGGGGGGCAACAUUUCAGAGGGGAUGGAGGAUUUCACAGGAGGCAUCGCCCGCUCGCUGAACAUCUCAUCUCGUACCCCUCGAGUCCUCUGGAGGUCUCUGACUGCUGCCCUGUCCCGAGGGAGCCUGCUCAGCUGCUUCAUUCAGGCCAAGAACUCUUGUGAUAUUGGUAAGGUGACAGGAGACGGGCUGAUAAAGGGCCACGCAUACGCCAUAACUGACACCGACAAGUUGACAAAAGUGUCAGAUGAGAUUCUGUUGCUGAGGCUGAGAAACCCCUGGGGUUUUGUAGAAUACUGCGGACCCUGGAGUGACAAGGAUAAAAACUGGGAUAAUGUGGAGCAGACAGAAAAGGAAAGGCUUGAGAUGAAAUCAAGUGAAGAUGGAGAGUUCUGGAUCAGCGCCGAGGACUUCAGCAAACUCUUUGAUGUCGUGGAGUUCUGCAGUGUGAAUCCAGACAAUUACGAGGAAGGAAGCACACCUGCCACCUGGACCAUCACCGCAUUUGAAGGAUGCUGGGUAUCAGGGAUUUCUGCUGGUGGUAGCCGCAAAAAUAACAGAACAUUCUAUAAAAAUCCCCAGUUUACGCUGGUUCUUAAUGAGAAGGAUGAGAAUGAGGAUGAGGAAGAAGACGACGAGGCAGAUGAUGACGAGGAUGAUGAAGAUGCAAUGGAAGGUGAGGCUGUGACCCCAGAGAAGAAGAAGAAAGCAGAGAAACCGAAGCAGAAAACCAAGCAGUGCACGGUGCUGGUGGAGCUGCUGCAGAAACACCGCAGGCAGAAGGAUAAAAUCAACUUCCUCUUCAUCGCGUUCCACGUCUACAAGGUUCCUUCUGAGAACGCUUGUCUGGACCGGAACUUCUUUAUGAAAAAUCGCCCAGUGGGUCGUUCUGGGAAGUACAAAGCUCAAAGGGCUGUGUGGAGAAAGAUGCGUCUGGAUCCGGGCAAUUAUGUCAUUGUGGUAUCCACCUUUCGCCCCAACAACCCUGGAGAGUUCUUCAUCCGCGUUUUCUCCAAGUCCGGAAACACUCUUGGGACUCAAGACGUGACCUGCACCUCUAGCUUGUCACAAGUGAUGACCACUCCUGUCUCCCCAGAGGAUCAAGGGACAGUUCAGAAGUCUUUUGACAAGGAGGCUGGCACAGAUGACAGGCUGAAUGUCAAAGAGCUCAUGAAGCUGUUCAACUCAGUUCUUGAGAAAGAUUACCAUCUGCCUUUGGAGACGUGCAGGGAGCUCAUCUUUGGAGAGGAUACGAAAGGGCGCUGCUCUCUCAGCCGUGAGCAAGCAGGAACCCUGCUGGCCAGUCUGCGUAAUCUGCAGUCUGUCUUUACUCAGUUCGAUGAGGACUCUUCUGGAAGCAUGAGCCGCUUUGAACUCAGCACAGCACUGCAGGCUAUGGAAUUCCAGUGUGAUAACAAGGUGGUUCAUCUGCUGUCUGAGCGGUUCACAUCUGGAGAGCUGCACAUGCCCUUCCAUGGCUUUGUGUCAUGUGUCACCAGGCUGCGCAAGCUUUUUGCUCUGUAUGAAUCUGAGACCAGUCAGGAGGUGAAAGACAGAGGGAUCAACUCUUGGCUGCUUCAGUUUAUGACAAUUUGAAGAGGUUUUAUGAAGAGCGUUUCCACACGGACCCAGAUGAGCUGCAGGCAAAAGCCCACAUUAAAUACAUUUUAGUUUAAAACUGCUCCUGCUUGCUGUGCUUUUGAUGUAUUCUUGCUUAACGGUGCUUUCCUAUAAUUUGUAAUCAAAUCCAAUUAUAUAACUCCACAUUGUAAUAGAAAUGAGUUUCCUAAUAACCAGUGUGAGUUUAAAGGUGUUCUCAGUGCUUUUGUCUUAUUUAGAGUGAACAUUAUUUUUUUGUUAAAAAUCAUUAUCAUGUUCUCAGUUUGCUCUUUUAGAACAUAAAGGUUUAAAAAUUAGUUUGAAAAUGGAUUUCUAAAAAUUAAUGUGAAGAAACGGUACGCAUGACUUCAAUUACCCACCUGGAAAAAAAACUUCAACCCGAACAGUUUACUCAUCCACGCGUACGUGAGCGUACCCUGAGAUAUAAGCACUUAUUAACACACACAGACAUUCAGAGAGUGCUGCCUGCCCCACGGAGGGUGUGAGGGUGAUGUCUCAGCUACACGCACUAUCUCUAUUCUUAUCGCACUGACGCCACGUACAGCGUCAACACACAUUCGCCCCCUCCUCCACUACAUUCCCUCACUCCCUCCAUCCCUCCAUCCAUCCAUCCAUCCCUCACCCUUUCUCCACCCUCCUGUUCUCUCUAGUAAAUGUCUGAGUCUCACAAUCUGCAUCCUCCUCCUCCUCCCUGCUGGCUUGCUCGCACUCUCACUCUCUUUCAAACACACAUACACACACAGGUGUGCGCACACACACACACACACAUGCGCAUGCAAGCGAGCAAAUGUCCUUUUCUACACAUGCUGCUAUUAAUAGCCCCUUUACUCACACACCACCUCCUGUUCAUCCUUAGGUGAGUACACACAGGUUGCCCUCGGCAACCGUCCAUUUACAUUGUGAUAGAGAGAGGAGGAGACAAAAGGCAGGGAGAGCAGAGAGAGAGAGAGAGACAGGAAGGACCCAUAGAGGGUGGUUCUCAUGAUUCCACUCUGUGUAAGGCCUCUUCUUCACAUACACCUGCUUUAUUAUUUUUUUUGCUGUUUUUUUGUUGCUCCUUCUUAUCUGUGUGUAUUCAUCCUGGAGAGGGCUUGUAAAAUGAGCCACAAGAAACAAGACUAAUAGUGUAGAGCCAGGCUGGCAGCUACUGGAGGCUGCAGUGAGGCACAGUGGUGCUGAAUGACACUGUGCUAUCAGAGAGGCGAGGCGUCAUGUUGAUGUUUAGAGUAUAUUAUGGCAACAUUUCAAAAUAAGUGAGAGAAAAACUUUUCUUAGUUAUUAAAGAAUGAAUCAGGAGCAACCUGAUAGUUAAUGAGUCCUUCAGCAGUACUGCGUGUCCCUGAGACUGGUUAUAUUUUUUUCAGGUUUGGAUUCUCCUGUUUCCUGUUAUCGAAUAUUGAUUUUUGUCUAGUGUUUUGCUGCUUUAUUGUAUAAAUCUUUUGACUUUUGUGUUAAGUUUUGGGUUCUUGCUUUCGGUUUAUUAUUCUUAUGAUACAAUUCAUUUUUAUUAUGAUAUUUUUGGUUUUUGACUUGAGCUUGUUAGUACUCGUACCUCUUUACUCAGUUCUCUGUGUCAUGUUAAGUUGGAGUUUUCUGGUACAUGUGUUUAGCAGCUGUCUUUUUGGUUGUUUCUUGUUUUACUUUGAUAAUUUUCCCUGGUGUCUCGUUUUGGAUUUGACUUCCUGUUUGUCUGAUUGUCUUGUUUUCACCUUUUUUUAGUUACUUUCACCUGUGCCUUUUUCCACUCUUGUCUCCACUCCACAGUAGCCUUUGUCAGAGAGUCUGUUUGGCUCCCCUCGUGUGCUGCAUCGAGGUUAUAUUCUUGGACUUUGCCUUCAAUCAAAAUAAAAGGCUCACUUCUCAUUAUUCUGUCUACCUGAUUCUUGCAUUCGGGUCCUCCUCACCAGGACUCAUGAUAUUUACUAAAAGACCACUCUACUCUCUCAUACUGAAUUGGGAGAGCCUCAAGAAGCUCUGGGGUGGCUGAAGGAGCCUCGCUAAAUUAAGAGGAGAGGUUACUGGAAGAACCUUGGAAUGUGAAGACCUGCUAAUUAACAUUAAUUUUGCAGGUGCUGUACAUAUUAAACAAGUCGAAACUUUGACUACAUGAUGGUGAAAAUUUGUUCAUCUAGUGCUCUCUGAGGCUUUUACAAUUUCUAUUGAGGAGUAAACCUCAGGCUUUGGUUCAACUUCUGGGUGUCAUGACCCUGCCUGCUCUGUCCUUCCUCUUUCUGGCUUCGUGUAGGAAGUGGGCAGGGUGUGAGGGGUUAGGGACUGAGAGAGAGUGCGCCUGUUGGCACUUGGCUAAUUGUAAAAAGACUUGGUAGCUAACUUUUGCUCUUCUCUCCAGCAAGCAAGCCUGUGGUUUGUUUUUGGUAUGUUUC